CAGAGCAUUCGGUUGGAGUUCUUCUCUUCGUUCGUUCGGCUGGAUUUGUUCGGUUUGUUAGUUAUCCGUUUUGUGGGGGAGUACAUCUGCGUGACAACGGUUUGUGGUGCGCUGCACAACCACGGCCAACUUCCAGGAACUAAGAGACACCUGCAGCGAGCAUAUUUGCAUAACUCAGCACUGCGGAACGUUGGAUUGUUUCAAAAAAAACAACAGUUUAUUACCAUUUGUGUUUGUGUCGUUGGCGGGUGAAAGAGGGGUCUGGCCCUGAAAAGGGUCCCGUGAAUGCCAAGAACAAACCGAUUGUGAAGAGAGAGUGAUGUUAUUUGCCGUGACUGAUGGUAUUGGCAAGAGGGAAUUUGAACUCUGCGUGGAACAAGUACUCAUGUGAGGGACCAACGUGUGUGGACUUUGGUGAAGAAAAUGAACUCUAGGUGCUGGAUCUUCCUGCUGUACUUUUUGCUGUCGGAUAAUGUCGUAGGUCGAACCCGCUCAAUCCGUAACAUCUACAGCCAAAAGUGUGCAUCCCGGCUGGAAUCAGCGCUCGAUACCACCCUGAGACGAAGUCAACAGAGGUCUGGUUCAGGGUCCCUGAUCGACUUCUCCGACAGUGGCCCCCAGCGGCAAGCCCUGUUCAACCGAUCUCCGUACAACAGCUACGAUGAUGACAUCGAGCAGAUCGUGUCCGAGUACAAGCAUAAGUUCAACGGUCACAAGUACCACCCUGGAAUGGGUGGAACCGGUGGCGGUGGCUUCUUCCCGCCAACUCCAUCGACAACAGCGUCGGGCGUAACGUCGACGGCCCAGGUUGAGGUGGCCAAUCUUAGGGUAAGAAUUCCGCAAAAUUUGCGCUGGGUAGUCGUGGAUCGGUGUAAGUUUGUCGAGCAGAACCGGACGCUGGACACGAAGUUGGAGUUUCCGGAUCUGCAGAUCAGUGGCCGGGUGAUCAUGCAUCCGACUGGCGGUCGCUGUGAUAUGAUCUUGAGGCUAAGGCGGGCGGGGAUUGAGUUCCGGACGAUCCCGCUGCUGCCGAGUGGGCUUGGGGAACGCAGCAGGACGGCGAAUGUCCGCACAGAUUCCCACUUUUCCGAGCCGGGCUUCAUUUCGGUGUUUGCCCACAGCUGUGAAGGUCCGACCGGGAUCAAGUACCGGAUCAACUCGAAACGGCGCCACUUCCUGUCCAAGUAUCCAACAACGACCGGUUACGAUGGGUUCUACAACCGGAACGAGUUCACCGGCAACGAGUACCAACGGAACAUGGAGCACAAGCGAUCGCUAAACUUUGGCGGAGAAGACGACGGACUGACGGAACGGGACAUCUUCAAGCUAACCGACGGUGAUUCCCUCUUUCUAUCGCCCUCUAUGAGCACCAUGGUGGACAUGUCCGAGGAGUCCCAGUCGGGUGGUACCGCGGAAGCCGGAGAUUCGGCCUCGCGAACCAUCUACUCCGAGCGGAAUCCGUUUGCCUACAGUGCCUAUGCUGGCAAUGGCGCCGGAUGGCAAACGGUCGAAACGAACGAAGCCCUCGACGAGGCGUACUCGAACGAGAUCGACAAUCUCUUCUCCAAGGGAGUCCGCGGACUGUUGACGACUUACAUGCAAAAGGCCCUGCAGCCGGCCAUUAAAGAGACGCUUAUGGAAAGUAUGGGAUACACGUUGUCGUACGGGUGAGAAGCAAUGAUUGGUAAU